AGCCACAGCGCUUCGGGAGAACGUCAGCGAGCAAGCGCGCAGGAUAAUUUCACGAAAGUGUCUGCAGCAUGAUGUUGCGGGCGGUGUCUUUGGUGAUCCUUGGUACGUGUGUAGCGUGGGCCGAGCGCGACCUGGACCGCCUGGUGGCGGGGCCUCCAAUGCGGCACGGCGUCCCGGGCGUGCAGACCUUCGGCGAGGCCGAAGCACUGGCGAGGCCUCAGGACCUCACGCGGCCUCUCCCUCGUCCUCCACACCUCAGAAAUUCUCCCACUCCGCCUCUCGGCUUCCAGCAGCACCCUCAGGUCCAGCCGACGCCGCCUCCAGGAUACCAGCCGAUGCCCCAGGUGCAGCCUACGCCUCUUCCUGUCCAGACACUGCCGGAGGCGCUGCACGAGGAUAAAACGGCACCGCUGCCUCCGAAGAGCGAACUCCUGAGGCCGUUUCCUCGUCCCGGAAGGCCACAGACCCAUCCCGGCCUGGCGGACGCCCCUAUGCGGUCCUCUUUUCUAGGCGCUGGUCGCCCCGAGCCCCUGCCUGGCCCCCUGCCCCAGUGGCCCCAGACGCUCCCCGCGCCCUUGCCCGGGACGCCCGUCGUCCUCCCGGGAAUCCUACCAGUGAUCCCAGAGACCUUGCCGGCCACGCUCCCGGAGGAAAAGGCCGCAUCCCUACCGCCCAAGUCUCAGCUCACCAAGCCGGCCUCUCACCCUCAGCCCCUUCCAGCUGCCCUCCCUCAGGGCGUCCAGACCCUGCCCGCUGUGCUUCCAGGCCGCCCUCAGACGCUCCCAGCUGACCUGACGGAGGGGAAGACCUCCCCCCUGCCCCCUAAGUCAGAGCUCACCAAGCCGGCCUCUCGCCCUCACCAGACCGAAGACAACGAUGGUUUCGCCCCCCUUCCAACGGGCCCUCAGGUCCAGCCCAGACCGCCUCCCCGGGACCUUACCAAACCCGCCCCCCGACCACCUCGCCCGCAGGUGCAGCCCACGCACCCGUCAGGCUUUCAGCCCGCGCAGACCUUGCCAGUGGAGCUUCCAUCAGACAAAACAGCGCAGCUUCCUCCCAAAUCGGAGCUUCUGAAGCCCGCCUCCCGACCGCCUCGCCCUCAGGUGGACCCAAAACCCACCCCGGGACAACUCACCAAGCCAGCUUCUCGCCCUGAUGACUCUGAAGAAAAUGAUGGCUUCGCCCCCCUUCCAACGGGCCCUCAGGUCCAGCCCAGACCGCCACCCGGGGACCUUACCAAGCCCGCCCCUCGAACACAACACUCACAGGUGCAGUCCACACCUCCGUCAGGUUUUCAGGCCGCGCAGGUCCUCCCCGAGAGACCGCCAGCCGAUUUGAAACCAGCCGCGCGUCCUCAGAGCCAAGCAAGCCCUGCGGGCAAGCUGACCAAGCCAGCCUCGAAGCCCGUGCGACCGCAGCGCCUGCCUGGGGAACUGAGCCAGAACCCAGACGAGAAGCAGUUCUUCCGCGAAGACGCUGGGCCAUUCGCCUCCCCCGCCGAGGUCCCUGAUGUCCUCGCGUUACUUCCCGUUUCCCAUCAGUUGACGCAGGUCCCUCGAGACGUGCGGUUCUCGUGUCAGAACCGCUAUCCGGGGAUGUACGCCGACCAGGAUUACGAAUGCCAGGUGUUCCACUGGUGUCUCGGCGAUGAGAGGAUGUUCAGCUUCCUGUGCGGGUACGGGACCUCCUUCAACCAGCGCCUUUUGACCUGUGACUACCAGCAUCUGGUCCGGUGUGACCUCGCUGACCAGGCCUACGAGGUCAACACCAGAGUGUGGAAUGAAAACGGUGACUUCAUAUUCUGAAACGAAUAUGUUUCAGUAGGAUAAAUGUUAUAAUAACGAUAAUCAUUCUUAAAUAACUUUGUUAAGAAUAAAUGCAAUAGUUAAUAAUAACUCUGCAGAUUGCUAAUAUGUGUCGUAAACACAUGAGGCACCGUGUUUAGAUAAUGCAAGGUAUUUUUGUAUUUACUGCCUGCAUUUUCAUGACUGCAGUCUCUUGCGAAGAAAUGGGGAACUGCAGUGUUGGACUUAUCACAGAAACAUCACUGGGAUCUCUCUUGGCACAUUAACUUGCCAGUAUUUUUUUUUUUUGGGGGGGGGUAAUGUCAAUGACUGUUUAUAGAAUAUACUUCUCCUAGCCUUAUUGUACGUACAAAAGUUUGCUGUUCUACUGUAUAUGUAUACACAAAGAUAAGAACGAAUAUAAGCAAUAUCUUCAGCCCGUAUCAACAGGACAAUCUCCUCCCACUCUCGUCCAGUCCUUCCACUCUUGCGAUCUCUCUUUCCCAUCUCAGACCCUGAAUUUCCCUUUGCUCUGUGCCAUCCAACACAGGUCUUGUCCUUUGCCACUUCGUUUGCUUUUAGUGGGAAUCCAAUUUGUGAUCACAAUCCCCUCCCUGUUCCCUAGACUUCCUGGAAUCUUAUGUGUCAAGAGAACGGGAACAGCUGACACCGGUUUAGGUUUGCUCAUUUUUUGGUCCAUUUAUACCUCCCACUUUAUGAAUUACAUCUUUACACGUU